UAGAAAAUCAACAGAAUGGGUUCUUUUGUCUUUACAGUUAUGAAUGAUAUCAUCACAACCAUGUUCAAUAAAAAGUUCAUGGAAGAGCUGUUUAAACCACAGGAACUCUAUUCCAAGAAGGCCCUGAGAACAGUGUAUGACCGGCUGGCUCAUGCUUCAAUCAUGAGGCUGAACCAGGCGAGCAUGGAUAAGCUCUAUGAUCUUAUGACUAUGGCUUUCAAAUACCAAGUUCUGCUCUGUCCUCGACCCAAAGACAUACUGCUAGUCACUUUCAAUCAUCUGGAUGCUAUCAAGGAUUUUAUACGAGACUCCCCUAAUAUUCUUAACCAAGUGGACGAAACAUUUCGGCAGCUAAUCGACAUGUACAGUUGUCUCUCUGCUGGUGAAUUUCAGCUGAUCAGGCAAACACUCCUCAUUUUCUUUCAGGACAUGCACAUUAGGGUCUCCAUCUUUCUAAAGGAUAAAGUACAAAACUCGAAUGGUCGCUUUGUGCUGCCUAUAUCAGGUCCUGUUCCAUGGGGAACAGAAGUUCCAGGACUCAUCAGGAUGUUUAAUUGCAAUGGAGAUGAAGUUAAAAGGGUUGAAUUCACCAAUGGUGGAAAUUAUAUCAGUCCACAAAGGGAAGGUUCAUUUGAUCUUUAUGGAGACAGAGUGCUUAAACUGGGGACAAACAUGUACAGUGUUAGUCGGCCAGUAGAGACACAUAUGUCAGGAGCAUCCAAGACUUUGGCAUCCCACACAAAGGAGAAUGCAGCCCCUAACCCUCUUGCUAAAGAAGAACUGAACUUUUUGGCUAGACUAAUGGGAGGCCUGGAGAUCAAGAAACCCAAUGGCAGUGAGCCGGGAUUCCGAUUAAACCUAUUCACAACAGAUGAGGAAGAAGAACAUGCAGCAUUGACCAGGCCUGAAGAGUUGUCUUACAAAGUUAUCAACAUCCAAGCAACCCAGGACCAACAGCAGAAUGAGGAGCUGGCUCGAAUCAUGGGAGAGUUUGAGGUGACAGAUCAGCCCAGACAGAGCACAAGCAAGGGAGAUGAUUUACUUGCUAUGAUGGAUGAAUUAUGAUACUCUGCUUCCCAGAGGCACAGGCAGAACAAGAAGCUGUUUAUUUAGUCACUUACAAUUUGACACAGACAGAAACCUGCUGCUAGUCUCCUACCACAUGGAGCUGUUACAAAUCCUGUCUGUUUGUGUCAUGACUGAUUACACAGGCCAGCCUCAGACCCCAGAAUCAGUCUGGGUGGCAUUGAUACACAUUCUACCAAAACUACUCUGAUUUUAAAUGUGACCUUUCAAUAUUUGCCUCCUUCAUUUCCUGUGAAAGCUCUAGAUUGUUCCAGGCCUGAGAUUUAGAAUCUUGAGUAAUUAAAGGAAAUGGGAAGUGAGCAUUCAUGUUCUGCCCUUAA